CAUUAGCUUUACAUUAACAUUAUAACGUUAUUAGACACUUAUUGUUAUCGUUAGUUUUCUUUUUCUUAUUAUUAUUCUUCCGUCUUCCGCCAUUGAAGUCAAUGACAGCCCAUAGAACCGUUACGUAGGAAAGUUAUGUAAUUUGGCACACAUGUAGAGGUCAGUCUUAGAAGUUACUAUACAACUUUGGUGUGUCUAGCUCUAACCCUCUAGCGCCACCAACAGUCCAAAAAUCCAAUUAUGUUCAUGUUCAUAACCGCUGACUCGUAAGGACUAGAGACAAAAUUCUCAGAAUCACAAUACAGCAAAACGAAGACUGGGCAUCUGUAAUACAUUUACCAUUUCACAUAAAAAACGUACUAUGGUGAACGCACCACUACAUCAGGAUGACACUUACCAUUUUACAUACAGAAAAUGUACUAUGGUGAACACACCACUACAUCAGGAUGACUUCCUUUUUAAUGUCAUUCACACCAACUGUUCGUUACAACACAACUCUACUGAUCUGAUACACCUACUGUGUGUAUCAGUAUGUACAUGUCUUCUUUUUGCUGUAUUGUGAUGUACAUCAGUUGAAGAUAGAUUACGUCUAUCUGAUGUCUAUCUGACGUCUAUCUGACGUCUGUCUGACGUCUGUCUGAUGUCUAACUGAUGUCUAUCUGAUGUCUAUCUGACGUCUAUCUGACGUCUAUCUGACGUCUAACUGACGUCUAUCUGACGUCUAACUGAUUAUCUGAUGUCUAUCUGACGUCUAUCUGACGUCUAUCUGACGUCUAUCUGACGUCUAUCUGACGUCUAUCUGAUGUCUAUCUGAUGUCGUUAAGUUCAGUAUUUUACAGAUACAAUGCCACAUCGCUACGAAACUUGGUAUGGUUCAUCAUCGACAUGUUCUGAGCACAUCUGAUCAGCUCGACCCCGGAGCAAAGGCAAGGAUGCUGAAGGGAAAAGUGGCAGUUGUGAGUGGUUCAGCUCAGGGUCUGGGGAAAGCCUUCACACACAUCCUGCUGGAGAACGGAGCUCAGGUGGCCAUGUUGGAUGUGAACCAUGUCAUGGGUCAGGAGCUGCAGGUCCAGUUGAAUCACCAGUAUGGAUCAGACCGGACUCAGUUCUUUAAAGCAGACGUGUCUUCGGAUCAACAGUUUACAGAUGUGUUCCAGGAGAUUAUCAGUAAAUUCGGUCACAUCAACAUAUUCUGUAACAACGCAGGAAUCGCUGAUGAGAAAAACUGGGAGAAAACUGUGUCCAUAAACCUGUCAGGUGUGGUGAGAGGAACAUAUUUGGCCCUGGAUCACAUGAAAAAGGAGAAUGGUGGAAAUGGAUGUGUUAUCAUCAACGUUGCAUCACUGGCAGGACUUGGUCCAUUUCCGUCAGCUCCUGUUUACACAGCGACCAAACACGGUGUGGUGGGAUUCACCCGCGCGAUCUCUAUGGCAUCUCAGGUCUCAGGUUAUGGCGUGAGGAUUAAUGCUCUGUGUCCAAGUUUUGUCAGGACAACGCUGAUUGACUCGUUUAAACAGGAGGACAAAACAGGACAAUUUUACAAUCUGGUUUCUCUCACACAGAGUCUGAUAGACAAAUUCACUCUCAUUGAGGUGGAGCAGGUGGCGAAGGCGUUCCUCCACUUGAUUAAGGAUGAGAGUGUGAACGGUGCAGCUCUUGUUGUGAAAAGUGAAGGUGCAGCAUACGUCACGUUCCCUAAAGAAGUGGAGACCACGCCCAUCUCUCUGUAACCUCAGAAACCUCUUAGAUUCUUGGACCAAUUGAUUUCUUUUCUAAUACAAAUCAAUUCCUUGUGAUUACAGAUUCCUACUGAAGUGAGCAGUAAUAAACACCGAUAAUGACACUGAACACAAUCUGGUCCUAAAUUAGUCUUUCAGUUUUAGAUGUUCAGAACCUUGUGCUGCUCUCCAACAUUAUCAACAGUAAAGCCAAGGUCUAGAAAAACUACACAGAAAUAAAGAUUUCAAAAAUUUUUGAUCUCAAA